AUGGAUGAUUAUAUAAAUGAGGAUUUAGCUAUAAAGCAUAAAGCUUGGGAUCUUCACUUCAAAGAUAAAAGAAGAAAUAAUAAAUUUAAAUAUUCAAAAAUAAAAAAUAAAAAAUACAUUGUGAAGUGGAUAAAACAAAAGGACAACGAAAAUUUAUUUGAAAGAUGGCUCCAAAUAAAAACAUUAAAUGAGAAUUAUAAUUCAGAAGAGGAAAGAGAAAAAGAAGAAGCAAAAAAAAAAAUAGACGGAAAUGUACUUAGUAUAAACAAUGAAAAGAGAAAAAGUUGUAGAUUAAAUUUACAAAAUAUUCUGAAAGAAAAUACCGUAAAAAUAAGCUACGUUGAUCCUCCCAGUGAUUUAUCAUCUGAAGAAAUUGAAAAUGAUAAAAAUAUCUAG